GUGGACUGUUGCUAUAAAACAUUUUUAUGUUUAAAAAUAAACGAAUUGGGUGCUCAUUUCGUCAUGCACUAAUUUGAACCGGUUCAAAAUGUCUAAAGUUAAUGAAAGUGAUUUAUAUGGAACAAAUUUUUCUAUAGAAUCUAUGAAGGUAAUAGCAGAAAGCAUAGGAAUAGGAAAUCUACAAGACGAGGCCGCAAAAGAACUCGCCGAAGAUAUAUCUUUUCGAAUCAAGCAUAUCGUGCAGGACGCUGCGAAGUUUAUGAAUCACGCGAAACGGGUCAAAUUGUUACAAUCUGAUGUUGAUGCCGCUUUAAAAGUUAGAAAUAUAGAGCCCCAGUAUGGGUUCAAUUCAGCAGAGCCCCUACCAUUCCGUUUCGCUUCUGGCGGUGGUAGAGAGUUGCAUUUUAUUGAAGAAAAAGAAGUGGACUUAAAUGAUUUACUUCAGAAUUUGAAUCCAAAAGCUCCUUUGGAUGUUAUGUUAAGAUCUCAUUGGUUGUGUAUUGACGGGAUUCAACCCACAAUACCGGAGAACCCUCCCCCUGUGUCUAAAACUGUUCAAAAAUUAGAAUCUGUAGACCCAAUAAACAAGAAACCUGUUAAGGAAACCUCCGGCAAACCCAUAACAGGAAAGCAAAAAUUAAAGAACAUUGAAACUGUGCAAAUAAAACAACUGGCAACUCAUGAAUUAUCAGUGGAGCAGCAACUUUAUUACAAGGAAAUAACAGAGGCGUGUGUGGGUUCUGAUGAGGCUCGACGUGCAGAAGCAUUGCAGAGUUUAUCAUCAGAUCCGGGCUUGCAUGAGAUGCUUCCUAGGAUGUGCACUUUCAUCAUAGAAGGAGUGAGAGUGAAUGUAGUGCAGAACAAUUUGGCAUUAUUAAUAUAUUUGAUGAGAAUGGUGAAAGCAUUGCUAGAUAAUCAGAGCCUGUUUCUUGAAAAGUAUUUGCAUGAGCUGAUUCCGUCUGUGGGUACUUGUAUAGUAUCAAAACAAUUGUGUAUGAGACCUGAAAUGGAUAAUCAUUGGGCUCUAAGAGAUUUUGCUUCACGAUUAAUGGCGCAGAUUUGCAAAAAUUUUAACACGAGUACAAACAACAUUCAAACUCGUAUAACGCGCAUGUUCACCAAUGCCUUGGCACAAAGCGAUAAAAUUCCAUUGUCUUCUCUUUAUGGGGCCCUCCAGGGACUAUCUGAGUUGGGUACUGAGGUAAUUAGAAUAUUUAUAUUACCUAAGAUAAGGCAAAUUGGGGCAAGAAUUGAAAGUCAUUUGGAAGGAAGCAUAAUGUCAAACUCGGAUAAAAUUGCGUCAGGUCACAUAAAACAGUUGGUAGUUAAGGUAAUUGCUCCAGUUUUAAAAAAUCUUCGUAAUCCUCCAGAUAAUUUAGAGGACUACAAACAAGAGUAUGGUUACCUAGGGCUGGCACUCCAUGGGGCCGUUUUAAAGGCUAGAACACAACCUACUCCCAUUUCUACUUUAUCGUCCAGCAUAGUCACAAAUACCAUCACGUCAGUUGGGCAAAAUAUGAGCGCUGGAACCAUAAUACACCAAGCAAAUCCAAAUCGAGCCAUGGUUAUAAGCCAGCAGCAGCGGGUUGCCAUACAGCAAUCAAAUCAACCAAAAGUUAUAUUCAUGCCUCAGAGGUCCCAGACGACAAGUUCUUCGAUGCAGCCAAAUCCCGCGACAAAUACAGUUGUUAAGUUUGUGUCAAACCCUAACAUUAUGUCGCAACAGAAGAUUGUAACAAGCCAGCAGAAGUUGGUGGUGAUGUCUAAUCAGCAACUUAAUCAGAGUUCUGGGAUGCAGUCGCCUAACUUGGUUUCCAAGUCGAAUUUCAUGCAGCAACAUCACCAGCAAGUGCAUGAACAGUCCAUGGAUUUAUCUGAUAUAUAAUUGAUUACACAAGAAUGUAGGAUGAUUAUAUUAAAUAAACUCUUUAAGUGGAGCGCAGCCCCAUUUUAACGCAUAUUUUGUUAGUCUACAUUCAGAAACAUGUUUUAAAAACGCAUGUAUUUUUAAAUCAUUAUGUGUCUCAAACUGUAAUUUUGCUAUACC